ACCGAGAUCUGCAAUGAUCGAGCGUGGAUUGAGCCAAAGGCAAACCCCUGCUCAGUGCGGACAGUUCAGUUUCAGUCGAGCUUUCGAGCAGAAAAACUUCGGCGUGUCCUAUAGCAAGGAAGACAUCCUUCUGCCGUCGAAACGCCAGCAAAGCGCACCUCAGGCGCCACCAGCCGAACCGACAGCAACACAGCCCUCCCAGCGUACCCGGGAGCCCGAAUGUGUUGCGGCCCAUCGCCCUGAGUCACAGCGACUGGCGACGAGGCCGAUCUAUCACUACCGUCCAUGCAACACGACGUCCUCCGGGCUGCGCUACUCCAACGAUCCCAACGAACCCGACGACGAUAACCCUAGCGAGGGAUUUAAGAUGUACGAUAUUUUGGUUGUGAACAAAAACUACGAUGCCGAAGGACCGGACUCGAUCUCGGUGCGCGUUGGCGAUCUGGUCGAGGUCCUCGAUAUGGGCGAUUCGGCCGUCAAUGCGGCAAAGAAGCCGAAGCUCGAUCCGCAGAUGAACAUUGGCCAGAGCGAGGACCGGCUCGACAGCUCGGCCUCGAGGCACAAGCUGGCGGUGAAGCCGAAGAAGAACCACCAGAGCUCGUCCCAUCGUCGUAGCGUCAGUCCACAGCCACCGUAUCAACCGAAACCGAACGAGAAGUGGAAAGUACGAAUCUUUGACGGUGACGACAACGCGAAAGCCGGCUGGAUACCGGUGUCCGUGCUGGACAUCAAUCAUACCGAGCAGGCCGUGUUCGGCGAGAAAUCCAACGAUGCCGCAUAUCGGCGAGAAGCCGUCGUUCGCGAGCUGGUCGAAACGGAGGAAGAGUUCGCCAAGGAUCUGCAGCAGGUCGUCGACAACUACCUCAAGUACAUCGACAACAAGGACAACAAGGUGCCGCGUGUGGUGCGCGAUCACAAAGAUGACAUCUUUAAUAACUUCAAGCAGAUUGCGGACUUUCACAACACGGUACUUAUCGAGGGUGUGAAAUACUACGCGAACAAUCCGAAGAUGAUCGGCAAAACGUUCCUGCGGCUCGAGCGCGACUUCGACAAGCACGUCAAGUACUGUCGCGAUGCACCGGUUGCGCAGGAAUUUCUUGCAUCGAACGAUGCCAUCCGAGACUUCUUUAUGGAGCUAUCGGCGAACAUCGACGACGAUAAAAGUCUCACCGAGCAUCUGAAGCUUCCGAUCCAGCGUAUCAACGAUUACAAACUACUCUUCAAGGAACUGCUCAAGUACUCGACCGCACUCGGCGAAAAUGUGCUCGACAUCCAGAAGGCGCUCGAGCUGAUGCUCUCGGUGCCGAGCCGGGCGGCGAACAACAAAUUUCUCGAAGCGAUCGAAGGAUUCCGAGGCAACCUGCAGAAGCUGGGCCGCGUGCUCGCCCACGAGUACUUUGGCGUGCGGGACCGGGAGAACAAGAUCAAGGAGCGCUACCUGUUCCUGUUCAAGUCGCGCAUCCUCGUCACGAAGGUGAAGCGCCUGUCGGACGAUCGGUCGAUCUUCAUCCUGAAGGACAUCGUGCGCCUGCCGGACUGCGAGCUACGGGACAUCGAUACGCGCGCGUUCGAGCUGGUGCCGAAGGGCAAGGGCUCGGAUCCGGUCCAUCUGAUCGCCUACUCGGAGGAGGCGAAGCAGCGCUGGAUCUACGAGAUCAGCGAGUACGUCAACAACGCGGUCGCGCUGCAGGAACACUCGAACGACGAUCUGCGGCUCGAUCCGACGCAAACCAACAUCGACGACAGCAUCAUCAAGCUGCCGCAGCGCAUCGAGGCGCACAAGACGGACGAAAACAUCAAACCGUCCGACAUUGCGGACAGCUACGUGGUGUUCAAGCACAAGACGAGCCGGGACGAAUCGCACCAGGCGCUGCAGAAGAUCCAGUACCUGCAGCAGCAGCAGCAGCAGCAUCUGCCCCAGCAGCUCGGCGAGUCGGCGGAGCCGGUAGUGGUGGUGGAGGAGGAGGAGGAAAAGUCCGCCUCGGUCCAGGAACGGUUGGCCGCGUUCGAGGUGAAGAAGUCGGCGAAGAAGUUGGACCUCACGCACACCAAGCAGCAGGAAGCGAUCGCCGUAGCGUCGAGCGUGGUGCAGUCGGAAACGAAGACAGCUUCGUCCUCCUCAUCAUCCGUGUCCGUUACCUCCUCGUCCGUGUCCGUGAAGGAGGAGCAACACGAGCGAUCGGUUGCCGUGAAACGCCAACAGGAGGUGCAGCUGGAAAGCUCGGUCACGAAGAGCAGCAAGUCGGAGAGCAAGACGGUGUCGUCCGUCUCGUGCUCCACCAGCAACUCCAGCAUCAGCUCGUCCCAGGAAUCGUCCCUCGCUGAAACUCAGCAAACUCAGCAGCAGCUGCUCGAGCAGCAGAACAAAAUCAAGCAGAUCGAGUCGAAGUACGCCGCGCUGAAGCAGAAGCAGCUCGAGCAGAAGUCGGAAAUUGUUGAUGCCAAGUUUCAGAUCGUCGAGACCAAGUUUGCCGCACUCAAGCAGAAGCAGGAACUGUUGCUGCAGGAGCAACAUCAGCAGCAGGUAACAACCUCGACCUCCACUACUGGCAGUGCGGUUGUAGCCCAACAGCAGCAGCAGCAGCAGCACGUUGAGGCGGUUUCGAAGAUCCAGCAGAUCGAAUCGAAGUACGCGGCUCAGAAGCAAGAGGAAGCCGUUUCAAAGAUUCAGCAGAUCGAAUCCAAAUACGCCGCUCGUAAAUCAUCGCUCACGGGAGCGACUGUGGAAGAGUCGGUCAAGCAGCAGCAGCAGCAGCAGCAACAGCAAACAACUGCUUCGGUGCAACAAGAACAGCAACAAAAAACCGUUGUCUCCACCGUUGCGGUGGAAAAGGCACCGGAAGAGCCGCUCUCAAAGCUCCAGCAGCUUGAGUCCAAGUACACUGCCCACAUCCAGCAGGCAAAGGAACUGGUAAAGGAAUCGAUUGAAGCGACGAUUAAGAGCGAAGCUGAACCAAAACCAGAACCAACUUCUGCUGACUCACCGCAAACGGAAUCGCUUUCGAAGAUACAGCAGAUCGAAUCGAAGUAUGCCGCCCUCAAGGCUCGCCAGCAGCAGCAACUGCAAGAGAUUAAGGCAGCCGAAGUGACAACGGAAACGACCGUUACCGUAGCGCAGCAGCAGCAAACCCAAACUCCAUCUGCCGAAGAACCUCAGUCGAAGAUCGCCCAGAUCGAGGCAAAGUACGCGUUCAAGCGUCAACAAUCGCUGAGCGUUGAUGAGACGCUUAACUCGAAGCUCCCCGUUCCGGUGAAGAAGGAAGCGGAGGUACAAUCCACGGUGAAGGUUGCAAAGCAAGAGACAACAGCCACCAAGACUGAACAAGUUACGAAAACUUCGGAAGUAAAAGUUGCUGAAAUUAAGAGUGCAGAAGCUGUUAAAGUUCAGGAGACGGUGAAAGUUGAGCAGAAAGAAGUGAAGGAGUCGAAAAAGAAGAUCCCUGAACCGAUUAAGCUUACGGAACAGGCAACGAAGACUGCAGGCGAUAAGGGACCUGAUUCGCCCAAGAAGGGUAAAACACCGAAGACUCCGAAAUCUCCAUCGCCCAAGAAGGAGGCUGUUCCGUUUAAACAUAAGCCGGAAGAACCUAAAAAGACCGUUGAACCGGCUAAGACUGUGCCAGCGAAGCCAGCAGAACCGACCAAGCCGGAAAAAUCGGUUGAGGCAUCGAAGCCUGCUGAACCGGUUAAGGUUGACAAACCGGUAGAACAAUCGAAGUCCGCCGAAGCGGUUAAGACCUCCAAGCCUGUUGAAUCGCCAAAGCCAGUUGAAACUCCCAAGCCUGCAGAGCCAGUUAAGACUGUAAAGCCUGCAGAACCAGCUAAGCCCGUUGAACCGGUGAAGACUGCAAAGUCUUCGGAAGAACCGAAGAAGCCAGCUGAAACAGCGAAGACUGUGAAGCCCGUCGAGUCUCCCAAGGCAGCCGAACCGGUAAAGGUUGAAAAACUUGCUGAGCAGGCAAAGCCUGUUGAACCGGUUAAGACUACGGAGCCGACGAAACCAUCUGAACCGGUAAAGCCAGCUGAGACGGUGAAGGUUGAGAAACCUGUAGAACCGGUAAAGCCUGUUGAACCGGCGAAGCCUGUUGAACCGGCGAAGCCUGUUGAACCAGUUAAGACUACUAAGACACCGGAGCCCACAAAACCAACUGAAUCGGCAAAGCUUGCCAAGCCAGCAGAGCCUGUUAAAGUUGAGAAACCAUCUGAACCGGCCAAGACCGCGAAACCUGCCGAGCCUGCAAAACCUGCUGAACCUGCAAAGCCUUCUCCUCCAUCGAAGAUUCCUGAGCCUACCAAACCUUCGAAGCCUGCAGAACCAGUCGCUAAACCUGUUGAACAAGCGAAGGCUACGCCUGAACCUCCCAAGAAGGUAGCGUCCGAACCGGUUAAGGUUGAGGCACCUAAAGCCACCCAACCAGCUAAGGCCCCAGAACCUGUGAAAGCUCCCAAACCGACGAAACAAACUGAAACUCCGAUACCCGUUCCGGAACCUGCUAAACCGGCUGAACCAACAAAACCACUGGCAAAUAAGCCGGUGGAGUCACCUAAAGUAGCGGAACCUGCCAAGGUCGAAGAACAACCAGCUCGCCGUCCCGAUUCACCCAAGUCGGCAAAGAAAGCAUCCUCGCCGAAGAAGACAUCUCCUCCGAAGGAACCGAAGAAGGUGCCGGAACCGGUUGUGCCGAAACCGGUGGAAAAGAAGACUGAGUCCGUGAAGGUACAGGAACAGAAGAAGACUGAAACGACGACCGCAACCGUUCAGAAGGCUAGUGAGAGUGUCAAACAGGUAGAGACCGCUACAACUCGCAAAGGUCGUACUGCACCUGCGGCGGUGUCCGACGACGCGUCCCCGGUCGAGGGUGCCGUCGAGCAGAAGUCGCGCGAGGAAGCGCUCAACCGCAAGCUAGAGGAAAUAUACGCCCGCGAAAAGGCGACCCUAGCCGAGGCGAAGCGUAUCCGUGAGCUGGAGGAGCAGGAAAUACGGCGCAAGUUUGAGCAGCGAUCGAUCCGCGAGAUCCAACAGAUCAAGGAGACGGCUACGGAAUUUCUGCAGCAGAUUGCUGCCACCCGUAAUCUCGUCCAAUCGGUGCUGGAAACGAGUACCGAGCCGAGGGUUCCGCAAGUGACCAAAGCAGCGACAAGUGCGGCCGCAUCCGGCGGAGAAGGAAACAACUCCCAACCAAGCUCCGGAGCUGGACAGGAAGGAUCCUCCGAUCAAUCAGCUCAACAAGCGGGUAGUGGUGGUGAGCAGGGUGCAGCACCCAACCAAUCGGAGCAAUCCGCUGGCGAACAGGGUGGUUCUGCCGGCAGUAACAACGGCAACGACGGUAACGGCGAUCGUGAGGACAAAAAGCGUACACCUCCGCCACUGCAGCUGCCUACCUUCUUCGAUCCACCGCCACCACCGGUCUAUCAGGCGACGAUCGAGGUGUUCAUCAAGAAGGAGCGUCCACCACCACCGCCACCACCAAAGAUUACGCGCAAACUUGUAGUUAACACCGACGAGCUAGAGCGCAAAACGCAAGCCUUCUUCGACGGGGAGAUCAACGAACCCGAUCCAGACUUUUCGAUUGCGGCGGCACACCGCAAGCUCAAGGGCAUCAAGAACAUCUGCAAGAAGGCGGACGAAACCGUCCUGUACGCGGAGGACACGAUCGUGAAGGCGGAACAGGGCGAGUUCGACAGUAUCGUGAUCCCCGAGCCGGAGGAAGACAAGCGACCGCGCGAACCGGUGUACGAGUACCAGUACACGGUCGAGGAUCCGGUAACGGGAGCGCGCGUCUGCACGGCCGACCCGAACCUGGUGCUGAUCGAGAAGGAGCUAAGGAUGGAGGACCAUUACGGUUCAGCACACUCGCGCUACUCAUCAUCGCGGUUGUCCUCGCGCAGGAGUCACACCUCGGAAGCUCAAGAGAAAGAACUAGCUGCGAUAGAGACGCGCCACGUGUCCAAGAUGUCGACGACCAACACGAAGAAGAUCCGCGUACCGACCAACAUACGGCCGCACUUCAUCAAACCGAUCCGUGGUCUCACGGUGGAGCCGGGUGAGAAUGCCAAGUUCACUGUGCAGGUGGACGAAAUGUCCAACAUGCAGUGGCUGAAGGACAACAAGCCGCUCGACGAUCGUCUAGCCGACCGUGUGAUCACGAAAGAGAACGAUGAUCUUACGUACUCGCUCGAAAUCCAGCACUGCCGUGAGCAGGACAGUGGCAUCUACACGGCCCGUGCCAUCAACGGUACGGAGAAUGCCUCCUGUACCGCUCAGCUCAUCGUUGAAACACUAACACCAGAACAGCGUAAGGCAAUGUCCGAGUCCAACUCGCCGGUGUUCUCGGUUCAGCUGAAGGACACGGAGGUCAUCGAGAAGACCUACCUCACCUUCAUGGUGAAGGUGAAGGGCGAUCCGGCACCGAAGGUUCGAUUCUGCAAGGAUGACAAGGAAAUUCUAGACACCGACAAGCGCAUGAAGAUUAACCGCGACCGGGCGGACAUCGGCUAUUACGAGCUGAUCAUCCCGGAGGUGCACAAGGGCGACUGCGGUGUGUACUCGUGCACCGCGUGGAACAAGUUCGGCACCACCAAGACCGAGGCCCAGCUGCUCGUGGCCGACCAGCUCGAUCUGUUCUCCGAGCUCGAUAAUCUGGACGACAAGACGAAGUUCGUGUGGAAGAAGAACGGCGUAGCGUUCGAUCCGGAGGAACGGUUCAAGGUGCUGAUGGCGGAUGAUUCCGACUCGCUGGCGCUUGUCUUCCAGCACGUCAAGCCCGAAGAUGCUGGACUUUACACUUGUGUUGCCGCGACGUCCUCGGGUAAUAUCCAGUGUAGCGCUGAACUGACCGUUCAGGGACAAGUGAACCAGCUGAUACAGGAACCAUCCAAGCCGCACCUGGAGGUCGAGUCGCGGGAAGCGCUGGCCCGAAUCGGCGGCAAGGCGCUGCUCGAGAUGAAGGUCAAGGGCUACCCGAAGCCGGAGAUCGUCUGGCGCCACGAGGGUACGAUCAUCGAGCCCGGCGGUCGGUACAAGUUCCUCUACGAGGACGCCGAGUCCGUGUCGCUCGUCAUCAAGGACGUGCAGCCGUCCGAUGCGGGCGCCUACUCGAUCGUGGCCCAGAACGAGCUCGGCGAAGACUCGACGUUUAUCAAUCUGGUCGUAAAGACGCCUCCCACCAUCACGAAACCGCACGAUAUGGCGGCGAUGGUGAACGAACAGUACAAGAUGUCGAUCGAGGUCAAUGCGGUACCGGCCGCGACCGUGCGCUUCUUCCGCAACGGCAAGGAAAUCCGGGAGGACGAUCGCAUCAAAUUCCUGACCGCCGAGAACUACUACAUCAUCAAGUUCAAUCACACCGUGCUGGAGGAUGCUGGCAACUAUUCGAUCAUUGCGAUGAACGAAAUCAGCCAGGCGUCCGAGUUCUGGGAAUUUACGAUCAACUCGCCGCCGCGAACGACCCUGCGCCUGCAGGAGGAAACGGUCGUGAACGAGAAGGAGGACAUCGAGCUGGUCGUGAAGGCCGAGAGCAACCCGGCCCCGAUCGUGCGCUGGUACAAGGACGGCAAGGAGGUGGUAGCCGACGGCAAGCGCGUCGUCAUCAUUGCUGAGGACGGCCGGUACGUGCUGAAGAUACACGCGGCCAACCGGGACGAUACCGCCCUGUACACGGCCGACAUCAUCAACGAUUACGGCACGGUGACGGAAAAGUCGCAGGUCAACGUGAGCACCAAGUCGAAGGUGCGCGAACAGCUGACCGCCCUCACCUGCAAGGAGGGCGAAACGGACGUGAUGCUCGAGGUAAAGGCGGACGGCUACCCGCGCCCGAAGGUGCAGUGGUACAUCGACGAUGUGGAGAUUACCGAGUCGCGCAACGAGUACAAGUUCCAGGAGGACGGCCUGUACUACCAGCUGGUGCUGAAGGAGGUGAAGGCGGAAAUGCAGGGCGUGUACAAGGCCCGGUUCACCAACGAGCUCGGCACGGACGAAACGAGCGCCAUGACGACGGUGCAGUGCUCGCCCAAGGUGCGCAAACCGCUCGUGGAUACGGACGUGGACGAGAAUACGACGCUCACGCUCGAGGUUGAGAUCUACGCGGAGCCGGUGCCGGAGGUGACCUGGUUCAAGAACGGGCAACCGAUCCAGACGGACGCACGGCUGACGAUCAAGCGCGAUUCGCAGCGCGUCGAAAACUACACGCUGUCGCUGACGAUGGUGCGUGGCGCCGACUCCGGUGACUACGAGGUGCGGGCCGUCAACUCGAUGGGCACUGCUACGACCAAGGGCCGAGUCGUUGUUCAAAAGGCCAUUGUAGCGAGCCCCGGGGAGAAUGCCGAAGCCCACCGUAUGAUAAGUGAGUGUAUGAAGAUCGGUCAGCACGGUGAGACGAUCAUGGUCUCGGUAUGUACCGAGGAGAGCCACGCAGCAAUAGUCACAGGUCCCGAAGAAUCCCACUCCAUCCAUCAGAUGCGUGCGACAACGGUGAUCUUCGAGGAGGACAGUGGAUCACCGAUCGAGGUGAUGCAAAAGAUCAUCUACCCGAACAAACCGCACGCUUCGGCACUGCACGUGGAGGAGAUCGACACGAUCACCUUCACCUCGCCGGAGCAAAAGCGCCAGUAUCAGUCGCGACAGUCCGCGAGCGAUGCAGCCACCAGUACCUUUAUCGAGGAGUUCGAAUCCGACAACGAUUCUGUCGGUGGAAAGGGCAAGCUGUCGCGCGGUGUAUCGAUCCACUCCGCCUCGGAGGAUGAGCUGCAGCUGCUGUCACGUCAAGCAAGUCGCACCGAAAGUGUACCGGCGACUCCCACCAAUGCAACGCUCGAUAAGAGUGAGCUAGAAAAGGAAACGAUCUCCCAGGAAUCGUGCGAAGAGCCGAAGGUGGAGGCCGUAAAGGUGGAAGACGUACCAGAUUCUCCGCGCAAGGGUAAUUUGCUCGAGUCGGGAACGUACGAAGAGCGAGCCGGUAAGCGAUCGAUUGAAAAGAAGGUUUCCUUUGAGGAUGAGUUGUCGCCGCAGCAGAGUAAGACGCUCGAACGGCAGGAAGUGAUCGACAAUGAGCCAGAGCAACCGGAGCCGGUAAAGGAGGAGGUUGUGGAGAAACGAUCUGCCUGCAGCAAAGGGCUUGCCAAUGAACCGAUUGUGGACGGUACUGUGGAGGAGAGUGCUGAAAAGGCUGUUACUACCGAAGAAUCACAAGAACCGGCACGCCCAGAAGCAUCGCCGGAGAUCCUGAAAACGGAUAUUGCUGAUGUGACGACGUUCGACUCGCUUCCGCUGAUCUGGACCGUGGAAGCCGACGGUAUUCCACGCCCGGAGGUGUGCUGGUACCACAACGACGAGCUGGUUAAGUCUAGCGAUCGUAUCCGCAUCACUGACUCGGGUACGACGUACAAGAUCGAAAACCGUGACGUGAAGGAAGCAGAUGCUGGCGAAUGGAAGGCCGUGGUCAAGAACCGCAUUGGCGAAAAGUCUCUGCCAGCGAAGCUGACCGUUAUUCCUUGCAAGGAAUAUCGCCGUCCGAAGUUCAUGAAGGGACUGCAGAACAUCUCCGUGCACAAGAAUGAACCGGUAACGCUGUCCGUAACGCUUACCUCGGACCCGGAGCCGGAGAUCACCUGGUUGCAGAACGGCAACGAGGUGACGGCGGACGACUACAUCGUGCUGAAGACGGAGAUCAAGGAGCUGGAGUACAACCUGAAGGAGAUCACGUACACGCUGCACAUUGAUCAGGCCCGGCACUACGACACCGGCGACUACACCUUCCAGGCGAAGAACAAGUACGACGUGAGCGAAUCGAACGGCCGGCUGGAUGUGCUGCUGAAGCCGGAGAUUGAGAACUUCCGCGAUACGACGGUGCUGCCGUUUACGCAGGGCGUCUUCCAGGUGCUGGUGAAGGCUAACCCCAAGCCGAAGGUCACCUGGACGAAGGAUGGACUGAACCUGUGCAACAACGAUAACUGUGACGUGAUUGCGGACAUUGAGAAGGAAGUCUACACGUUGGUGAUUGAAUCAUGUGCUCUGGCCGAGCACGGUACCUACACGCUGACGGCUUCUAACGCUCAGGGCGAAACGGUCGCCACCGCUAACCUCAACGUGCACACCGAGAAGCCCAAGUUCACCAAGGAACCGGACAGUCUUACCGUGCACGAUUGGGCCGACGUCUACAACAAGGUGGUGGUGCAGGGCGUACCACGCCCGGCUAUCCAGUGGCUGCACAACGGUACCCCGCUCGACACGCAGGAGAUCGACGAGGAGUCGCAGGAGCCGAAGAUCAAGAUCGUCACGUCGGGCGACACGGAGGUGACCAGCGAAUUGUUCAUCACGCACUUCGGACCGGAGCUGCAGGGUGAAUACUCCUGCCUGGCGACGAGCAUCGGCGGCGAAUCCGAGGCCAAGUUUAACAUCCAGGUCAAGAACGAGCAGCCCGUGUUCGGUAAGGGGCUGGAGCGUUCGCUCGACCUGGAGGAGGACGACCGUUUGGAGCUGCGCUGCAUCGUCGACGGCAGUCCGCUGCCAAAGAUGACCUGGUACAAGGACUCCAAUGAAAUCAAGGCCGACGAUCAUGUUAAGAUCACAUAUGGACAUGACGGCAUCUGCCGCCUGGUGAUCGAUAACGUUCUCCCAGGAGACAGCGGUUGCUACAAGCUGGUGCUGUCGAACAAGAGUGGUGAUGUGACCACGCAGUGCGGUGUUGCUAUCACUCCAAAGCAAAAGCCGCCGGUGUUUGUGCGCCCGCUGCAGGACCACAAGCUGACCGUGGGCGACACGCUGCACAUGGAGGCGGAGAUCGCCGGCUUCCCGAUGCCGGAGGUUCGCUGGUUCAAGGACGGGCUGCCGCUGCGUCAAAUCCGCGGCAUCAACUUCAUCAACCAGCCGGACGGUUUGGUCGGCUUCAUCAUCGACCGGGUGACGGCCGAGGACGCCGGCAUCUACACGUGCGAGGUGAAGAACAAGAACGGCGAGGCCAAGUCCGCCUCGCUCACGGAGAUUGUGCCGAAGGGCAAGAAGCCACAGUUUGUCAGCGAGCUGAUGAACGCCAACAUUGUGGAGGGUUUCCCGAUCAAGCUGACCGUGAAGGUGAUUGGCUACCCGCAGCCGGCGGUUAAGUUUACCCACAACGGAACGUUGGUGGCUGGCGAUCGGUACAGGAUCACCGAGGAAGGCGAGGGUGCCUUUACGCUGGCGCUGGACAAAACGACCGGCACGGACUGUGGCGAGUAUCAGGCGAUCGCGACGAACGAGCAUGGCGAAACGAUUAGCGCGGCGACGGUGAACAUUCUGCCCACGACCGAUCCGUCCCUGCCGGAGGAGCCCCCGAGCUUCCUGGGCGGGCUGCGCGACAUCACGGCCGACGAGGGCAAGGAGCUGACGUUCUCGGCCCGCUUCGCCGGCAAUCCGGCACCGGAAGUGAUCUGGACGAAGGAUGGCGAACCGCUGCAGCCGACCGGUCGCGUGUCGGUGACCUGCGACGGCAAGAGCGUCGGGCUGACGAUUACGCCCGCUGAGAUGUCGGAUUCGGGCGAGUACGCUUGUCUGAUGGCGAACCCGCUGGGUGAAACGGAAACGCGUGCCGCCGCCAUCGUGCGCAAGGUGUUCCAGAAGCCAAACUUCGUGUAUCCGUUCUCCGACAUGCAGCAGCUGCCGGGGCUGGAGGCUAAGUUCCCGGCCAAGCUGGUCGGUGUGCCUCGCCCGGAGGUGCAGUGGUACAAGAACGAGUCGCCCAUCCAUCCGGACGAUCGGUACAAGAUGAAGUACGAGGGCGACUGCGUCUGCCUGUACAUCAAGGAGUGCGCCCCGGAGGACACCGGACUGUACUCGUGCACGGCGACGAACCGUGAAGGUAGCAGCACCAUCGAGGCGAAGCUGGAUGUCGUUACGCGAAUUGAGAAGCGCGAUGAGCCGACGCCACCAUCGUUCAUGAAGAAGCUCAACGAUAUGACGCUGCUGGACGGUAUGAAGGCGAAGUUGACUGUGUGCGUCGACGGUUUCCCGAUGCCCACGGUCGAAUGGAUCCGCGACGGUCGCCGGCUGGUGCCGAGCGAGAAGUACCGCAUCGAGGCGGAGAAGAACGGACUUGCCCGUCUGAUCGUGGACGACGUGCAGGAGGAAGAUCUCGGCCGGUACAGCUGCAAGGCGGUGAACAACCUGGGCGAGGCUAUCUGCCACGCUAACCUGAAGUUCGAACCAUCCGACUACCGUCCGCGUCGUCGCUACGUCAAGGGCAAGGGCAAGGAUCUGCUCCACACACCACCGUACCCGCUGACGGAGAAGCCGAUCAUCUCGAAGCUGUCCGACCGGCGGCUGACGCUUUCGUGGCGUCCUUCGAUGACGACCGUGCCGCGCUAUCCGGUCACUUAUCAGCUGGAAAUGAUCGAACUACCGGACGGCGAGUGGCACACGACCCGCUCAGGCAUUCGUGGUUGCUCGUGCGAGGUCCGCAAUCUGGAACCGUUCCGCGAGUACAAGUUCCGCAUCCGCGUCGAGAAUCUGUACGGCGUAAGCGACCCGAGCCCGUACGUGCAGACGUACCGGCAGAAGCUGGAACCGGAACCGCCCGUGUUCUAUCCAUACCUGGGACCGGGCCGUGACUUCCGCCCUGACACGUCGGCGCACUAUCCGCGCGACUUUGACGUGGAGCGUCCGGGGCACCGCCAUCAGGCACAGGCGCCCGAGUUUCUGCGCCAGGAGCAGCCGGUCCAGUACGGUACGAAGAAUCACAACGUCAGCCUGUUCUGGUUCGUGUACGGCUAUCCGAAGCCUACAAUGACCUACUACUUCAAUGAUCAGAUCAUUGAGGCAGGCGGCCGUUAUAGCUUCAGCUACACGCGCAACGGACAGGCGACGCUGUUCAUCAACCGUAUGACCGAUCGGGACGUCGGUGUCUAUGAGGCGGUGGCCACGAACGAGCACGGCUCGGUGCGGCAGCGCGUCUGCCUGGAGCUGGGCGAGUAUCCGCGGUUCCUGCAGCGCCCGGAGGAGGUGUUCAUUAUGGGGCGCCGGUCGGGACGCGUCGAGGCGAAGAUUACCGGUGUGCCGUUCCCGGAUAUUAAGUGGUACAAGGACUGGCAGCCGAUUCACGAGUCUUCUCGCAUCAAGAUGAUCUUCUACGAGCCGGACACGUGUGUACUGCUGCUGACGGACGCGAUCAAGAAGGACGAAGGCCUGUACUCGAUCAGCGCGCGCAACGCAAUCGGCUCGAUCAGCUCGUCCGUGACGGUGCACGUGGAGGACAACGAGGAGGACUACGUGUACAAUGCGCAUCACCGCACGCCGUACGUGCGCGCCCGCAACAAGGUGUACCAGGACUUCUACGAUCUGGGCGACGAGAUUGGACGUGGCACGCAGGGCAUUACGUACCACGCGACGGACCGUUCGAAUGGGCGUAACUUUGCCGCCAAGAUCAUGUACGGCAGCCCCGACCUGCGUCCGUUCAUGUUCAACGAGGUGGACAUCAUGAACAUACUAAACCACCGCAAGCUGAUCCGGCUGCACGACGCGUACGACAUUAACCGGUCGAUCACGCUCAUCCUGGAGCUGGCAUCGGGCGGUGAGCUGGUGCGAGACAAUCUGCUCAAGUACGAUUACUACACCGAGCGGCAGAUCGCGAUCUACGUGUACCAGGCGCUGCUCGGGUUGGAGCAUAUGCACACGCGCGGCAUCGCGCACAUGGGACUCACCAUUAAGGAUCUGCUGAUUGCGCACCCCGGUAGCGAUAAUUUGAAGAUCUGUGACUUUGGGCUGGCACGGCGCAUCGAAGAUGACAAGCUGUACACGCUCGACUACGGUAUGCCCGAGUUUGUCGCGCCGGAGGUGAUCAAUCGCUGCGGUGUCGGUCUGGGACAGGAUAUGUGGUGCGUUGGUAUCAUCACGUACAUUCUGCUCGGUGGCGUUAGCCCGUUCCUGGGUCGUAAUGAUCGCGAAACGCUGACGCGCGUCAAGGAGGGCAAGUGGACGUUCAUCGGCUCGGUGUGGGAGAACAUUUCGACUGAGGCGCGUGACUUCAUCACCCGCCUGCUAGUGUACGAGGAGAAGCACCGUAUGACGAUUCGCGACGCUCUGAAUCACUCCUGGUUCGAUGUGAUCUAUCGCCGUACGUUCGAAGAGUACCAGAUCGGUACGGAUCGGCUGCGCAGCUACUACUACCACUAUAGGGACUGGUACACGAACGCAUCCUGCCGCACCUGGUACCGGCGCCGUCCGUUGAUGAGCUGCUUCGACCAUCCGUCGCGCAUGGUGUACCCGCCGGGCAUUAUCUUCACGCCCGAGGGCACGCCACCGCCGAUGCAGGUGGACGACAUCCCGCACAAGCGCAAGAAGUGGGAGGAGUACGUGUCGAAGGACAACCAUCCCGACUACGAGACGGCUUCGUUCAAGUCGGAAAGCCACUACCAGUACGGACCGGACACGUAUCUGCUCCAGCUGCGUGACACCACCUUCCCGUGCCGACUGCGCGAGUACAUGAAGAUCGCGAAGCACCGUUCGCCAAGCUUGGUGUCGGAUUCGAACUACGAUGGCAGUCUUCCCAUCAUUCGAGAGCGUCGCCGCUUUACGGACGUGAUGGACGAGGAGAUUGACGACGAGCGUCGCAGCCGCAUCACGCGCUACGGCACGGACGACAGCAUUACGGUGACGCGCCGGCUGCGCAACGAGGUCGGCACGCGCCUUGGCUCGUACGCCGAGGCGGAAGCGCUGAUCGAGUGCAAGCGCGAGGGUCAGCCGCCGUUCUUCCGCGAGAAGCCGCAAACGAUCGCGAUCCGCGAGGGCGAACCGAACCAGAUCAUCUGCUACGCGGUCGGUGAUCCGAAACCGUCGGUCACGUGGUUCCGCAACGACAUGGUCAUCACCGACACGAACCGCAUCAAGGUGCUGGACGAUGUGGACGGCCGCUCGGUCAUCCAGUUCCAUCCGGCCACGCACAACGAUGUCGGUGUGUACAAGGCGGUGGCAAGCAAUCGCGUCGCAAAGACGGUCGCGCGCUGCCGCGUGGUGAUUGCCGUCAUUCCGGACGCACCGGAUGCGCCAGAUGCGGUGGCCGUGAGCGACACGGAGGUGCUGCUGCGCUGGAAGCAACCGCGCAGCGACGGCAACUCGCAGGUCAUCUGCUACAGCCUGGAGCAGAAGGAGCACGGCAAGGCGGACUGGGUCGACGUGGCGAGCAAUAUCGAUCACGAGUUCUUCCUGGUGCACGAUUUGCGCCCGACCGUGGGCUACCAGUUCCGGCUGGCGGCGUACAAUCGUAUCGGCUGGAGCGAUCGCGGUCUGCCGACCAAGACGAUCACGACGCUCGAGCCGGGUGCGCCCAAGAUUCAGAUUACGCGCGCGAUGAAGCAUCUGCAGCAGCUGACGGAGUCGGGCCAGCAGGUAGGACCGGAGGAGCGCACGGGCCGGCUGGACUACAGCUACGAGAAGACGCCGCUCAAAUGGAGCAUCGAGGGCAACUACAACGAGAAGUACACGUUCAUGUCGGAGAUGGCGCGCGGCCGGUUCUCAAUCGUGGUGAAGGGGCUGGAGAAGGCGACGGACAAGAUUGUGGUGGCGAAGAUCUUCGAGCUGGGCGACGAGCGGUCGGCCGAGGCGGUGGAGCGUGAGUUCGAUGUGCUGCGCACGCUGCGCCAUGAGCGCAUUGGCGCGCUGCUCGCUGCGUUCCGGCCAAAGAACACGUCCAUUGCGGCGCUGGUGAUGGAGAAGCUGCAGGGCGCCGAUGUGCUAACGUACCUGAGCAGCCGCUCGGAGUACAGUGAGCAGAUUGUGGCGACGAUCGUGAACCAGGUGCUGGAUGGGUUGCAGUACCUGCACUGGCGCGGCAUCUGCCAUCUGGACCUGCAGCCGGACAACAUCGUGAUGGCGUCGGUGCGCCAGGUCAACAUCAAGCUGGUGGACUUCGGAUCGGCCCAGUACGUGUCGAAGCUCGGCACGAAUGUUACCCGCUCGGGCUGGUUGGACUUUAUGCCACCGGAGGUCCUGAACGAUGAGCCGGCGUUGCCACAGACCGACAUCUGGACGGUCGGCUGCCUGACGUAUCUGUUCCUGUCCGCCACCAGCCCGUUCCGUGGCCAGGAUGAGGCGGAAACGCGAGCCAACAUUAGCUUCGUGCGCUAUCGCUUCGAGAACCUGUUCAAGGAGGUCACCGCGGAAGCAACGCGCUUCCUGAUGCUCAUCUUCAAGCGUGCACCAAACAAACGUCCAACGGUCGAGGAGUGCUUCGAUCACCGCUGGUUGGUGCACACCGACUUCAUGACUAAGAAGCGCGAGAGAGCGAUCUUCCCUGGCAACCGUUUGAAGCAAAUUUCCGAAGAAUACCAUACGAUGAAAACGAACGAAGCCACCAAGUCGGAGACGAUCUCCAACUUUGGUGGCCAAUCCCCGCGCCAGCUGUUGCGUUCCAACAGCAUCCAGGAGGAGCUGCUGACCACCUUCUAAAAACAAAAUAAUCGCGGCUUCAUGCUUUUCUCGCUUCCUAUCGCGUGUUUCAAUGUUCCGUUUUCAGCGUUAGUUAUUUGCUUUGUUUUUGCUUCUUCUAGUAGAAAAUGUGGCUCGGUUUUUUCCAUCUGUUGCUAUUUAAUGUAAAUAGCACUAGAAUGCUUGAUGCGCCCAGUUUUUCUCGCCUUAAUCAUUAGGCGUUCAGUACCGCUCGCUGGUGUCAAAUUUAUUAUACCCCAUUGAAAAGACCCGAGAAAGAGCUUUAUUGGGCGUUUCUUUUCAUGUUUGGUUUCGUUUGUUCAGAGUAGCUUUCGAGCUGUCGAGUUUCGGCUUUGCUUAUCCCAUUUUCUGUCCGCUAGCACUGGUAAAUAGUACUUAUAUAAACGAAGAUCAAACGAUUUAAAGAAGUAAAGAAAAGAGAGUGAAAAAACAUUAGAAAAAAUGGUUUUUACACUUAAACCAACAAAAAAAAACCAAUGAAACGAGUAAACACAAUCAUGUUCUUUCUAUACAAUCGUACGUUUAUACAAACACGCGCAGCACACAUACACAUUUUGCCAGUAUGUGGUGCUGCCUGUUUGGAGUUGUUCGGGAGAGCCGCUUAUAUAAAAAAUGGGAUUUUGGACCACGCAAUCCCCCGGGGGAUCUUUUUUUAUAUGACUUUUUUAACCGCAAACCACCACUGUUAUACACACAUCCCUAAGAAAAACCGGGGCUUUGUGCUGGUCCGCCCGCCGCUGCAGCGUGUUGCUUUAGUUUAGUUAUUUAGGGAAAUGUUAGCAAA